GCUGACGCCGUGCGCAUUUCGCCGCAGGGACGCAGUGACAGGGAUUUGCGACUAGCGUUCUCCCCAUCAGAUGCAACGUUGCCGUGUUUGUACUCGGUGACGGGCGCGGAGAUUAUUGGUGGGGACGAGACUUUCGCAGCGAUACCGUACUCGAAGGAGGGAUGAGCACCCGUAGAUUGUUGUAACUGUGGCAAGUGGUCAGAAGUUCUCAUCUCUUCUUCCCACAGGCUUUUGCACCAGUUGCCCAUUUCCUUGCCUGGCUUGACUAUUCGGAUAAGGACAACUUUGGGGAGCUUCCUUUUUGCUUCAGGAGUCCAGCUAUCCUUUACCAAGAAGAACUCUGUUAGUUUUAGACUGGGGAAUUCCUUUACAUAAAAAAUUAGAAUGAAAGAACCUUUGGAUGGUGAAUGUGGCAAAGCAAUGGCACCACAGCAGGGGCUUCUGGACAAAAUUAAAGAAGAACCUGACAAUGCUCAAGAGUACGGACAUGCCCCAAAGCCAAAAACUCAAGAAAGUGAACUGAAAAUCAGUGCUGUGUUUUCAGUCGGUGACAGUCCUCUUGCCCAACAGUUGACCCCAGGCUUUCAGUUUUCUCUUGCAUCAUCUGGCCCAAACAUACUGCUUCCUUCGGUUCCAGCCAUAGCUAUUCAGGUUUUUUGUUCUGGUUGUAAAAAAAUGCUUUAUAAAGGCCAAACUGCAUAUCAUAAGACAGGAUCUACUCAGCUUUUCUGCUCCACGCGGUGCAUCACUGGAUAUUCUUCACCUGUCUGCGUGCCACCUCUUCCCAAGAAAACCUGCACAAACUGUUCAAAAGACAUUUUAAAUCCAAAAGAUGUGAUCACAACCCGAUUUGAAAAUUCUUCUCCUAGCAAAGAUUUCUGCAGCCAAUCAUGUCUUUCUUCUUAUGAGCUAAAGAAAAAACCUGUUGUCACCAUAUAUACCAAUAGCAUUUCAACCAAGUGCAGUAUGUGUCAGAAGAAUGCCGACAUUCGAUUUGAAGUUAAGUAUCAAAAUGUGGUGCAUGGUCUUUGUAGUGAUGCCUGUUUUUCAAAAUUUCACUCCGCCAACAACCUCACCAUGAACUGUUGCGAGAACUGUGGAAGCUACUGCUAUAGUAGCUCUGGCCCGUGCCAGUCCCAGAAGGUUUUUAGUUCAACAAGUGUCACAGCGUAUAAGCAGAAUUCAGCCCAAACUCCUCCAUAUGCCUUGGGGAAAUCAUUGAGGCCCUCAGCUGAAAUGAUUGAGACUACCAAUGACUCAGGAAAAACUGAGCUUUUCUGCUCUAUUAAUUGCUUAUCUGCUUACAGAGUUAAGACAGUUAUUUCUUCAGGUGUCCAGGUUUCAUGUCAUAGUUGUAAAACCUCAGCAAUCCCUCAGUAUCACCUAGCCAUGUCCAAUGGAACCAUAUACAGCUUCUGCAGCUCCAAUUGUGUGGUGGCUUUCCAGAAUGUAUUUAACAAGCCCAAAGGAACAAACUCUUCAGCGGCACCCCCAUCUCAGGGCCAAGUGGUUGUAAGCCCACCGUCUGGGUCAGCAGUGUCAGCUGCAGGAAGUAACGCCUCUGCCGGUUCCGGUUCCGGUCCCACCGGCUCCAUCAGCAGCUCUGCCUCUGCCACAGCCAGUUUCCAGCCUCUUGCUGCCCCAUCCCAAGUUGCUGUAGCUCAGACACUUGUUAAACUCAAGUGUCAACACUGUAGCCAUCUGUUUGCCACAAAACCAGAACUCCUUUUCUACAAGGGUAAAAUGUUUCUGUUUUGUGGCAAGACUUGCUCUGAUGAAUACAAAAAGAAACAUAAAGUUAUGGCAAUGUGUGACUACUGUAAAUUGCAGAAAAUUAUAAAGGAGACUGUCCGAUUCUCAGGGGUUGAUAAGCCAUUCUGUAGUGAAGUUUGCAAAUUCCUCUCUGCCCGUGACUUUGGAGAACGAUGGGGAAAUUACUGUAAGAUGUGCAGUUAUUGCUCACAGACAUCCCCUAAUUUGGUAGAAAAUCGACUGGAGGGCAAGUUAGAAGAGUUUUGUUGUGAAGAUUGCAUGUCCAAAUUUACAGUUUUGUUUUAUCAGAUGGCCAAGUGCGAUGGCUGUAAACGACAGGGUAAGCUAAGUGAGUCCAUAAAAUGGCGAGGAAACAUCAAGCAUUUCUGUAACUUAUUUUGUGUCUUGGAGUUUUGUCAUCGGCAAAUUAUGAAUGACCCUCUUUCACAAAAUAAAGUAAAUAUUUAUAAGGCGCAAACUGCUUCAGUGGAGCUCCCUUCUGCAAGGAAAAAUACAACACCAGUUAUAACCAGUGUGGUGUCAUUGGCAAAAAUAUCUCCUACCCAGCCUACAGGGAACACUAGCAGUGUUUUAAAAGGUGCAGUUACUAAAGACGCAGCAAAGAUCAUCGAAGAUGGAAGCACACAGACAGAUGCCAUGAAACUUCUAUCUUCCCAGUGUUCCAGGCUUUUAAAAAACAAAGCAGUAUUGUGCAAGCCUGUCACACAGACCAAGGCCACCUCUUGCAAACCACAUACACAACACAAGGAAUGUCAGACAGAUUUCCCUGUGCCUAAUGAGAAACAUGAUGCGGAACUUGAGUCUCCACCUGCAAAGAAAAAAAGAAUAGGUUUUUUCCAGACUUAUGAUGCGGAAUAUUUAAAAGUUGGUUUUAUUAUCUGUCCAGGAUCAAAAGAAAGUUCACCAAGGCCACAAUGUGUCAUUUGUGGAGAAAUUUUAUCCACUGAAAACAUGAAGCCAGCAAAUCUUUCUCAUCAUUUAAAGACAAAACAUUCAGAAUUAGAAAACAAACCGGUAGAUUUUUUUGAACAAAAAUCUCUUGAAAUGGAAUGUCAAAAUAGUUCUUUAAAAAAGUGUUUACUAGUUGAAAAGUCACUUGUGAAAGCUUCUUACUUAAUUGCUUUUCAAAUUGCUGCCAGCAAGAAGCCGUUCUCCAUUGCUGAAGAAUUAAUUAAACCAUAUUUAGUAGAGAUGUGUUCAGAAGUUUUGGGUUCAAGUGCUGGAGACAAAAUGAAAACCAUUCCUCUUUCUAAUAAUACGAUUGGACACAGGAUUGAUGAACUGUCUGCAGACAUUGAAGAUCAGCUGAUUCAAAAAGUCAGAAAGUCCAAGUGGUUUGCCCUUCAGGUGGAUGAAUCAUCAGAAAUCUCAAAUAUCACCCUUCUUUUGUGCUAUAUUCGUUUCAUUGAUUAUGAUUGCAGUGAUAUAAAAGAAGAAUUACUGUGUUGCAUUGAAAUGCCCUCUCAAAUAACUGGCUUUGAAAUAUUUGAACUAAUAAGUAAAUACAUUGACAGUAAAUCUCUGAAUUGGAUACAUUGUGUUGGUCUCUGUACAGAUGAGGCUGCAAGCCUGACCGGCAGGGGUUCUGCUUUCAGGGCAAAAAUUCAAGAAAUUGCCACGAAUACAGUGGCAUUUACACACUGUUUUAUUCACCGUGAGCAUUUAGCAGCAGCAAAGUUGUCUCCAUGCUUACAUGAAAUUCUUUUGCAGUCAGCACAAAUUUUAGGUUUUAUAAAGAGCAAUGCAUUGAAUUCACGAAUGUUAACAAUUUUGUGUGAAGACAUGGGGUCUGAGCAUGUGAAUUUACCACUUCAUGCUGAAGUACGUUGGAUAUCGAGAGGGAGAAUUUUAACAAGAUUAUUUGAAUUACGACAUGAAAUUGAAAUUUUUUUAAACCAAAAGCAUUCAGAUUUGGCCAGGUAUUUUCUUGAUGAGGAAUGGGUUGCAAAGUUGGCCUAUUUAUCAGAUAUUUUUUCACUUAUAAAUGAACUCAAUUCAAGUCUCCAAGGAACUAUGACUACUCUCUUCAAUUUGUAUAAUAAAAUGGAUAUAUUUAAGGAAAAGUUAAAAAUGUGGUUGAAGCGCACACAAGAGAAUGAUUAUGACAUGUUCCCUUCAUUUUCCGAAUUCUUAAACUCAUCAGACUUAAAUAUGAGAGGCAUUGCAAGCAUUAUUUCUGAGCACCUAGAAGGACUUUCUCAAAUGUUCCAUGACUGUUAUCCACCAGAAGAAGACUUGCGUUCAGGAAAUUUGUGGAUAAUUAAUCCUUUUAUGAAUCACCAAAAUAGUAAUCUCACGGACUUUGAAGAAGAAAAACUAGUACAGUUAUCUUUAGAUUUGGAAUUACAGUCAGUAUUUAAAUCAAUGUCUGUAACUCAGUUUUGGAUAAAUGCAAAGACAAGUUACCCAGAGCUCCAUGAAAAGGCAAUGAAGUUUUUGUUGCCUUUUUCAACUAUUUAUUUAUGUGAUGCUACAUUUUCCGCUUUGACGGAGUCAAAACAAAGAAAUUUGUUGGUUUCUGGUCCUGCUCUAAGACUUGCGGUCACAUCUUUAAUUCCAAGGAUAGAAAAAUUAGUAAAAGAGAAAGAAUAGUAACAUGGAUCUAUUGCUUAUUAUCAAAGUCUAUAAUUUUGUGUUAAAUUUUCUAUAAGUACCCUAAAAUAUAAUUUCCUAAUGUGGAUAUGUGUUUUCAGUGAUUAAAUAAGUGUUUUUUAGUAAUUUUGCUUUUUGUUGAGGAAUUAAUAAUCAUGCAUUUAUAAAUUGUUAUAUAUAAUUUUAUUAGUCCAAGGUAGAGAAUUUAGCUGUUUGAUCGAUUGAUUGGAUAAUCUGGAUUAGGGACAAAAAUGAGGGUAACAAAAGGCCCGUUUAUAACCUACCGGCACCCCUGGAUGUUGAAACUGCUUGGCCUUUAGAAACACAUGGGACGUCGCAGUCUUCAGCCAGGCAGCCCCCCACCCCAGCAGGCUGUGGGUAGGUACAAAACCAAGAUCCGAGGGCGCCUGGGUGGCUCAGUUGGUUAAGCGACUGCCUUCAGCUCAGGUCAUGAUCCCAGAGUCCUGGGAUCGAGUCCCACAUCGGGCUCCCAGCUCGGCAAAGAGCCUGCUUCUCCCUCUGACCCUAUCCCCUCUCAUGCUGUUUCUCUCUCUCUCUCUCUCAAGUAAAUAAAUAAAAUCUUAAAAAAAAAACAACAACCAAGAUCCGAGCUGCUUGGCUAACCCCGAAAUGGAAGCAGCGGAGAGUUUGAGACCCUUUGUAGGGGUCUCUGUGGCCCUCUCCACCAGGGCUUGGCCAACUUUUUCCAUAAAAGGCCAGAUAGUGUUUUAGGUUCUGCAGGCCGUAUGGUGGCAACUCCUCAGUUCUGCGCUUGCAGCACAAAAGCAGCUGUAGGCAAUACACAGACGAGUGUGGCUGUUUCAAUACAACUUCUUAUUUAUGAACAUUGAAAUAAUACCGUUUUCAUGUGUCAUGAGAGCUGCCUUUAAAUUUUUUUGUAUCAUUAAAAAAUGUAAACAAAUAUUGUUAGCUGGGGAGGGGGAGGAAGUGAAGAAACCAGACAGCUGACUAAAUAAUUUGGCCCACCCUUUGUCCAUCUGGGUGUAGACAGAUCUCCAGGUAAUAGCAGAUGGGCCAGGAGUAGCCUCUAGAGUUUUGUUCCGUGGAAGUCUCUCUUCCGCAGCUGCAAGGGUCUGAGUUUUUAAACACUUUUCACAUUUUAAUUUCAGCUGGGAGAAAUUCGAGGGAAAAUAUAUUUUACACAAAGAUAGAAAAGAACAAUUUAUAGCUACUUGUUACUGAUUACUAAUGAUUUCAUAACUAACUUACAAAUAACUUUUGAGCUCUUACAUGUGCCAGGCAUUGUGCUAGGCCUGUUCUUCAGAACUAAGAGGCUUAUCCGCAUAUACAGAGGCAGAUACUGAGGCCCAUGAGGUUAGGUGGCAGCUCUGCUGGCAAAGCUAGGGAGGCUCAGGCAGGAAGGAAACCCCGGUCUUCUGCGAGGCACGUUCAGAUACUCCUGUUGGACUUGACUCUGUACUGGUUGGGAGACAAGAGACUUACCCUGAAUUCAAAGGGG